GCUAGUUGUAGUUAGCACGUUGGCUAAUGCGGCUACAGUAGCUACAGACGACGUUAAAUUAUAUGCAAAGUGACACCCAGUAAAACUAAACGAAAGGAUUUUUAGCUUUUUCUCCCAUGUCAUCCAAUCCACCUACUCAAGCCAUGGCGGACAGUCCUGCUCAGCCGACUUUCUCCGCUAACGUCAAUGUUAGCUGCGCAACGAGCUGCUGCGGCUAAGCUUAUUUCAGCUAACCAAAUUAGCUCUACGCUAGUUUUCCAUCGCCUCAAGUGCUCCAAUGAAUGGGGGGUUGCUACACUGAGCGAAGGCGUCAGUCAACAAUGUACGCCUGCUACUACUUAGCUUCCUUGUUGUGGUCCUGCUUGGCUGGUACUUAGCUGCCAGGUGCUCGAAGAAGUGGACACAAAGACCGGAUUUACUAGCGUGCCAUUAGACGCAGCUGUGGGAAAACUUUGUGAGAAAAUGCAUCAUCACGAAGAAAUCAUACACAAGCCAGGACUGGCAGCCUCCGUUUGCCUGCGAUGUACGCAACUUCCGCUUCACUCCACGAGUACAAAGACUGAAUGAACUCGAGGCCCUCACUCGGGUUAAGCUCAACUUUCUGGAUCAGAUCGCAAAGUUCUGGGAGCUGCAGGGAUCCAAGCUCCGAUUCCCGCAUGUGGAGAGAAAGAUCCUGGACCUCUAUCAGCUCAGCAAGGUAGUGUCAUCCGAAGGCGGCUUUGAGACGGUGUGUAAAGAGAAGAGGUGGUCCAAGGUUUCCAGUCGGAUGGGCUUCCCACCUGGGAAAGGAACCGGUUCACUACUACGUUCCCACUAUGAGAGGAUCCUGUACCCCUAUGAGCUCUUCCAGUCUGGAGCAACUCUGACUGGCAUCCACCGUCUGUACGAUGAGGGAGACGAUGAGGAAGACAUAGAUGAGGGGGUUGGCGAGGAGGCGGUGGAGGAGGAAGAUCAAGAGGAUGAGGAUGAUAAGGACAAGGACAGAGACGGGGAGCUUGAUUCAACGCAAACCAAAGAGCGGCUUCUGCCUGAGAGACGCUCCAGGCGUCUGAAGUCUGAGAGAGAAAACAAGGAGCCAAAAGGCCUCAAGAUCUUUGGUACAAGUCCCAAGAUGGUGGGCUUGGAGAUUGUGUCUGCUGAUGACGGAUUCAACAAGAAACAGCGUCACCUCAAAGCCCAGGCCUUCGCCAUCAAAAUGAGACCACGCAAGGAGACCCUGGAGGUCAACUUUAUCGACCUGUACCUCUGUCUGAUGUGUGGACGAGGCGAUGAAGAGGACCGGCUCCUGCUGUGUGAUGGCUGUGACGACAGCUACCACACCUUCUGCCUGAUCCCACCCCUGCAGGAUGUACCCAAGGGGGACUGGCGCUGCCCUAAGUGUGUUGCUGAGGAAUGCAGUAAGCCCAGGGAGGCAUUUGGCUUUGAGCAGGCUGUGAGGGAGUACUCUCUCCAGAGCUUUGGAGAAAUGGCCGACCACUUCAAGUCCGACUAUUUCAACAUGCCUGUUCAUAUGGUCCCCACAGAGCUGGUGGAGAAAGAGUUCUGGCGCCUGGUCAGCAGCAUCGAGGAGGACGUCAUCGUAGAAUACGGAGCUGACAUCAGCUCCAAGGAAGUGGGCAGUGGAUUUCCCAUCAGGGAUGGUAAGAGGAGGCUACUGGGAGAUGAAGAGGAGUACGCCAACUCGGGCUGGAACCUGAACAACAUGCCAGUGCUGGAGCAGUCAGUGCUCACCCACAUCAAUGUGGACAUCUCGGGUAUGAAAGUACCCUGGCUGUAUGUGGGCAUGUGUUUCUCCUCGUUCUGCUGGCAUAUCGAGGAUCACUGGAGCUACUCCAUCAAUUUCCUGCACUGGGGCGAGCCAAAGACCUGGUACGGAGUGCCGGCUUCAGCAGCAGAGCAGCUGGAGGCGGUUAUGAAGAAGUUGGCUCCAGAGCUGUUUGACUCCCAGCCUGACCUCCUCCAUCAACUGGUCACCAUCAUGAAUCCCAAUGUCCUCAUGGAGCAUGGCGUCCCUGUGUACAGGACUAAUCAGUGCGCAGGGGAGUUUGUGGUGACUUUCCCCAGGGCGUACCACAGUGGCUUCAACCAGGGCUACAAUUUUGCAGAAGCUGUUAACUUCUGCACAGCCGACUGGUUACCCAUGGGCCGUCAAUGCGUGGCCCACUACCAACGCCUGCACCGCUACUGCGUCUUCUCCCACGAGGAGCUGCUGUGCAAGAUGGCUGCUGAUCCAGAGAGCCUCGACGUGGAACUGGCUGCCGCUGUGUUCAAGGAAAUGGGAGACAUGAUGGAAGAAGAGACAAAACUAAGACAGGCGGUCCAGGAAAUGGGUGUGCUGUCCUCAGAGCAGGAGGUUUUUGAGCUGGUGCCUGACGACGAACGCCAGUGCCACAAGUGUAAGACGACCUGUUUCCUGUCUGCGCUGACGUGCUCCUGUAGCCCCGACAGGCUGGUUUGUCUCCACCAUGCAGCAGAUCUCUGUGACUGUCCACUUGGCGACAAGUGUCUCCGGUAUCGCUAUGAUCUGGAGGAGUUUCCGUCCAUGCUGUAUGGAGUAAAGACACGGGCACAGUCCUAUGACACCUGGGCAAAGAGGGUCACUGAAGCCUUGGCUGCAGACCAGAAGAACAAAAAAGAUCUUAUCGAGCUCAAAGUUUUGCUUGAGGAUGCAGAGGACAGGAAGUACCCUGAGAACUCUCUGUUCCGACGCCUUAGGGAGAUGGUCAAGGAGGCGGAAACAUGUUCCUCUGUAGCCCAGCUGCUGCUCAGCCGCAAACAGAGGCACAGCAGUCGCCUGCGUUCUGAGAGCAGUCGUAACCGCACCAAACUGACAGUGGAUGAGCUCAAGGCCUUCGUGGACCAGCUCUACAGGCUGCCCUGCAUCAUCAGCCAGGCCCGACAAGUCAAAGAGUUACUGGAGAAUGUGGAGGACUUCCAUGAGCGAGCCCAGGUGGCGCUGGCAGACGAGAUGCCCGAUUCCUCCAAGCUUCAGGCUCUGUUGGAUCUGGGCAGCGGUUUGGACGUUGAGCUGCCGGAGCUACCCCGACUCAAACAGGAGCUCCAGCAGGCCCGCUGGCUCGAUGAGGUGCGUGUCACCCUGGCCGAGCCUCACCGCGUCACCUUGGAGCUGAUGAAGAGGCUGAUAGACUCCGGGGUGGGCCUGGCUCCCCACCACGCUGUGGAGAAGGCGAUGGCCGAACUGCAGGAGAUCCUCACUGUCUCGGAGAGAUGGGAGGAUAAAGCUCGUGCUUGCCUGCAGGCCAGGCCUCGCCACAGCAUGGUGACUUUGGAGAGUAUUGUGCUGGAGGCCAGGAACAUUCCAGCAUACUUACCUAAUAUUUUGGCCCUCCGAGAGGCCCUGCACAAGGCCAAGGAGUGGACUUCUAAGGUGGAGGCCAUCCAGAGUGGCGGUAGCUACGCGUACCUGGAGCAGCUGGAAAGCCUGCUGGCUCGGGGUCGUUCCAUCCCUGUCCGGCUAGAUCCGCUGGCCCAGGUGGAGUCUCAGGUGGCCUCGGCCCGAGCCUGGAGGGAGAGGACUGGUCGCACCUUCCUCAAGAAGAACUCCACGUACACACUGCUCCAGGUUCUCAGUCCUCGUGUGGACAUCGGGGUCUACGGCAACAGCAAGAGCAAGCGGAAGCGCGUCAAGGAGCUCAUGGAGAAGGAGAGAGGAGGCUUCGACCCAGACACCUUGAGCGACCUGGAAGAGAGCCUCGAGGAGGUGCGAGACCCCGCCACCGUUGUAGCAGCCUUCAAAUCCAAAGAGCAAAAAGAAGUGGAGUCCAUCCAUUCACUCCGUGCUGCCAAUCUGGCCAAGAUGGCCAUGGCCGACCGCAUCGAGGAGGUCAAGUUCUGCCUGUGUCGAAAGACGGCCAGCGGUUUCAUGCUGCAGUGCGAGUUGUGUAAGGACUGGUUUCACGGGGCGUGCGUGCCUCUGCCUAAGACUGGGUCCCAGAAGAAGCUGGGUGUGGGCUGGCAGAGCAACAGCAAAGACUCCAAAUUCCUGUGCCCGCUGUGUCAGAGGUCGAGGAGGCCGAGAUUAGAGACCAUCCUUUCGCUGUUGGUGUCGCUGCAGAAGCUUCCGGUGCGUCUACCAGAAGGAGAGGCCCUCCAGUGUUUGACAGAGAGGGCAAUGAGCUGGCAGGACCGAGCGCGUCAGUCUCUGGCCACUGAGGAGCUGUCCUCAGCCCUGGCAAAGCUGUCAGUGCUGAGCCAGCGUAUGGUGGAGCAGGCUGCUAGGGAGAAAACCGAGAAGAUCAUCAAUGCCGAGUUGCAGAAAGCCGCUGCCAACCCUGACUUGCAGGGCCACAUCCAGACUUUUCAGCAGUCAGGUUUCAGCAGAGCCACAUCACCUCGGCAGUCUGUGGACUACGAUGAUGAGGAGACAGACUCGGACGAGGACAUCAGGGAGACCUAUGGUUACGACAUGAAGGACCCAGGCGAGGUGAAGCCCUACCUUUUCUGUGAUGAGGAGAUCCCUGUGAAAUCAGAGGAGGUGGUCAGUCACAUGUGGCCGGCUGCCACACCCUCAUUCUGCGCCGAGCACGCCUACUCCUCAGCCUCCAAGUCCUGUGUGCAAAACGUGAGCACGCCUAGAAAGCAGCCCAGGAAGACCCCCCUAGUACCUCGCAGCCUGGAGCCGCCAGUGCUCGAGCUGUCCCCUCAGGCUAAGGCCCAGCUGGAGGAACUGAUGAUGCUGGGAGACCUGCUGGAGGUGUCCCUGGAUGAGACCCAGCACAUCUGGAGAAUUCUGCAGGCCACACACCCCCCCUCAGAGGAGAGAUUCCUGCAGGUCAUGGAGCCUGAUGACUCUCUAAUGGAGAAGCCUCUAAAAAUCAAGCUGAAAGAUUCAGAGAAGAAGAGGAAACGAAAGUUAGAAAGAGCCGAGCACCACCACAUGCUGAUGGCCACCGCCGGUGGAACCUCACCAAUGGGAGAAAUGCGACCGGCCAAGUCCAAAGAACUUAAAAGGGUGGGCCUGGAGCUUGGUCUUGGGGUCAAACCCAAGAAGAAGAAACUAAAACUCAACCUGGAGAAGAACCGCGAGAUGAAGCAGCUGGCUAAGCGGUUAGCCAAGGAGGAGAAGGAGAGGAAGAGGAAGGAGAAGGCAGCCGCUAAGGCCGAGGCCAUCAGGGAAGGACUGGAGAAAAGGAAGGAGAAGAAGAUUCUCGACAUUCCCUCCAAGUACGACUGGUCCGGGGCUGAAGACUCCAAUGAUGAGAACGCUGUUUGUGCAGCCAAAAACUGCCAGAGACCCUGUAAAGAUAAGGUGGACUGGGUGCAGUGCGACGGCGGCUGCGACGAGUGGUUCCACCAGGUGUGCGUCGGCGUAUCGUGCGAGAUGGCGGAGAACGAGGAUUACAUCUGCAUGGACUGCUCCCGGAAGGCCACUGGCGCGGGCGGGGGGAUGGCGGUGGAGGAGGUGGCGGAGGAAAGCGUGGUGUUGCUGGCGACGUCGAUGUGCGGCGGCGUGCAGAGCCUGCCCUCAGCGACGGCAACGGUCGUGGCCUCGUGGUCUCACUCGCCAUCCGCCGUGCUUCUAAACCCAGCAACUUCACAUCAUCAUCAGCAGCAGCAGCAAGAGCCUCAGCAGGGCAGUUAGCGCUAAUAAAAAAGGGGGGUUAAGACUGAGUUUGAAUACCGUACCUCACACAAUGUGCAUAACACAAAACCCAGUAUCCAGGAUAGCGUUUCAACCUCUUGACCUGUAAGACUGUUCGGCAUCUAACAGAGGGAAAGAAUAGCCCUUUGUGAAUUAGUUCAGCAGGGGCAUUUCUCUAUCAGCCUGGAUUAUAGAGCACAAGACAAACAUAAAGGCGGAGAGGAAGAGCUAAGUGCUGCCUUCACACACUGAAACACACUGAAGUCCUCUCUCCUCUCCGCACGAUGGAUCCGAGUGCCGGGACGUGUCGAGAAGGCCGACAGAGCACGGACAGAGUUUUUAGCUCCAGAAAAAUCCACCAGCUACUUCCCAAAACCUCCUCUCUCUUUCUCUCUCUCUCUACAGUAAUAAAGACAACGGUCCACUAAACAGUCAGACAAACACGCACUUAGCCCAGCUGUUGUAUUCAAACAAAUAAUGUUCCCAGUCGUCUUGAACCGCUCCCCCCUCAGCCCGGCCCUUCAGACAGUAACAUCUCAAUAUGUAGGACUCAAGACUAGGAAAAACAAAUGGUUGUAAUGUAGUGCAAUUAUUUAUAAUGUACAUAGCUUUUAAGCAAUUAAACGAAUGGAUUGUGGCUUUUUUUUGUUUUCUCACCUUUAAUAAACUAUUCCUAGUCAAAUGAUCGAUGGUUAUGUG